ACCCUCACUCCAGCCUCUGUGAGCCGCCGAAACCCUAGGCUGAAACCCUAGGAAGUUACAGAGAGAGUGAGAGAGAGCGUUCGAGAUGACGACCCGAUUCAAGAAGAACCGGAAGAAGAGAGGCCACGUCAGCGCCGGGCACGGCCGUAUCGGCAAGCACCGCAAGCAUCCCGGAGGUCGCGGAAACGCCGGAGGCAUGCACCACCACCGCAUCCUCUUCGACAAGUAUCACCCGGGGUAUUUCGGUAAAGUCGGUAUGAGGUACUUCCACAAGCUCCGCAACAAGUUCUACUGCCCCAUCGUCAACGUCGACAAGCUCUGGUCCCUGGUACCCCAGGAGGCCAAGGACAAGGCCACCAAGGACAACGUGCCCUUGAUCGACGUCACUCAGCACGGCUACUUCAAGAUUCUCGGCAAGGGGAAGCUGCCGGUGAACCAGCCCGUCGUCGUCAAGGCCAAGCUCAUCUCCAAGGUCGCUGAGAAGAAGAUUAAGGAAGCCGGUGGCGCUGUGGUGCUCACCGCUUAGGUUUGGGACUUUUUCGAGUUUUGGGAAUUAGGGAUUUUGAUUUUUGUUGUUUCGUUUAUGCUGCGUUUUUUGUUUAUCUGGUUUAGACUGCCUGGAGACAGCUAUGUUAUAUUUUCAAUGUUCGAUCAGCGGAUAUUUAAAUGGCUUUUCAUAUUUAUCGGAUUUGGUUAAUAUC